CGGUUUAGGACGGUCCGAUCUCGGCCCCGCGUCGUGCCGGCUCGCGCCUUCACGCGUCAGAUCCACACGCUCGUGCGAACGCAGGAGCGCGCGCGAGCGGACCGCGAGCGUUUCGUGCGCUGAUGAAGAGUCGCCGUCGUUGCACAUCUGACAUGAUGAAGACGAGAGAGAUGAAGAUUAUGAACCAAGGUCUGGAGGAUGAGAUGGAGGUGUGGGGUUACCGGCCAUGCCUGUGGAAGAGGAUCCUGGUGGGUGUCGGGUCUGCGUGCUCUGGGGGUCUCCUGCUGCUUCUGCUCUACUGGCUUCCUGAGUGGGGUGUGAAGGGCACGUGCACACCCACCUCGCUGAGGGACGCACGCACACUGCUGCUCAGGACCACGGAUGAGUUCAAACAGUGGUUUCGAGCCAAAGUACAUGUGAUGUCUGCCCCGGGCGAGAAACCCUUUGACAGCUCGGAUCUGCAGUCCGCGGCCCAAGUGGCGAACGGAGGCCUCGGCGUCAGCACUAUGUGCGAGGAGCAUCAUGGGAAAUUAAGACAACCCGUUCAGAUUCACUACUUCACCCACCACAGCACAAAAUACUACUGGAACGAUGUGAUGCAAAACUUUGAAUUUUACAAAGGCUUGGAGGAUGUGAAGAUGAGCUGUGUGAGCAUCCACUCUGACCACAGCUCGGGGCUCCCUAAAGCCCUGCAGGACUACAGGAGGUUGUUUUUCGGGGAGAAUGAGAUUGCUGUUAGAGUGCCGUCUCUAUUCAAGCUCCUCAUGAAGGAAGUCUUGAAUCCCUUCUACAUCUUCCAGCUCUUCAGUGUCAUUCUUUGGAGUGCUGAGGACUACUACUAUUAUGCUACAGCCAUAGUUUUUAUGUCUGUGAUGUCAAUAGCUACCUCCCUCUACACCAUUAAAAAGCAAUACGUGAUGCUGCACGACAUGGUGGCAGCACACAGCGUGGUCCGUGUUUCGGUUUGCAGAGGAAGUAAAGAUAUUGAACAGGCCAUGUCAACAGAUCUUGUGCCCGGUGACGUCAUCAUUAUUCCAGCAAAUGGGAUGAUCAUGCCCUGCGACGCUGUGCUCACACACGGGACCUGCAUUGUAAAUGAGAGCAUGUUGACAGGAGAGAGCGUGCCAGUUACCAAGACAAGUCUGCCCACUUCAGGCGAGGAGGCGGCCCGGAGCUUCAAUAUGGAGGAGCAUAAGAGACACAUCCUGUUCUGUGGAACACGCGUCAUCCAGACGCGCUUCUAUGCCGGAGAGCUGGUGGAGGCGGUUGUGGUCAGAACAGGCUUCAGUACAGAGAAAGGCCAGCUGGUGCGCUCCAUCCUUCACCCCAAACCCACAGACUUCAAGCUGUACCGCGACGCUUACCUGUUCUUGUCGUGUCUGGUGGGCGUGGCGGGCAUCGGCUUCAUCUACACCGUCAUCCUGAGCAUCAUGAACAAGGUUCCGGCUAAAACCAUCAUCAUCGAAUCUCUGGACAUCAUCACCAUCACCGUGCCGCCCGCUUUGCCGGCAGCCAUGACAGCCGGCAUCGUGUACGCACAGCGCCGGCUGAAGCGCGUCGGCAUCUUUUGCAUCAGUCCUCAGAGAAUCAACAUGUGCGGUCAACUGAACCUGGUUUGCUUCGACAAGACUGGUACUCUGACAGAAGACGGGUUGGACCUCUGGGGUGUUCAGACAGCUGAAAGUGGCAGAUUUCUCCCCCCCGAGGCGGAUCCAGCUAAAGAAAGUCUGGUUAACACUGUAUUUGUGGCGUGUAUGGCCACCUGCCACUCACUGACCAAGAUCGAGGGCGAGCUCUCCGGAGACCCUUUAGACCUCAAGAUGUUCAGCGCUACCGGCUGGAUCCUGGAGGAGCCCACAGAGGAAGAGACUGCACUCCACAAUCCCAUAAUGCCCACAGUGGUGCGACCUCCUAAGCACUCUGUGCCUGAAGCCAACCAAAACAAUCCUCUCACUCACAACAUGGAGCUGUCUGAAUUACCAUCCUGUGAGAUCGGCAUCGUGCGUCAGUUCCCCUUCUCCUCGACCCUGCAGAGGAUGAGUGUGGUGGUCAGAAGGCUCGGUGAAAAACACAUGAAGGCUUACUUGAAGGGAGCCCCGGAGGUCGUGGCCAAUCUGUGCAAACAGCACACAGUGCCACAGAGCUUCACAGAGACUCUGGAGACCUACACCAGACAGGGCUUCAGGGUUAUUGCGCUGGCUCAUCGACAGCUGGAGUCCAAACUCUCAUGGCACAAAGUCCAGAGUCUCGGCAGGGACCUGAUAGAAACCAACAUGGAGUUCAUUGGUUUGAUCAUCAUGCAGAACAAAAUAAAAGAGGAGACUGCAGGGGUUCUACUUGAAUUACGGCAAGCAAACAUCCGCACUUUGAUGGUCACAGGUGACAACAUGUUGACAGCGAUAUCUGUGGCUCGAGAUUGUGGGAUGGUCCGUGCACACGAGAAGGUCAUUAUUGCAGAUGCUGCGCCUCCGAAGGAUUUUCACCCAGCUAGUAUCACGUGGCACUACACUGAGAACCCAGCUCAGACCGACAAGGACCAUCAGACGGUGGAGAUCAACCUGGAGGACGCCAUAUCGGACAAGAGAGUUGCUCAGCUGGAACAGAACUAUCACUUUGCUGUGACUGGCAAAGCCUUUGCUGUUAUCACUGAGCACUUCCCUCAACUCGUCCAAAAGCUCGUGCUCAGGGCCACCGUGUUCGCCCGGAUGGCUCCAGACCAGAAGACGGAGCUGGUGGAAGUCUUGCAGAGCAUUGAUUACACUGUUGGGAUGUGUGGUGAUGGUGCAAAUGACUGUGGAGCUUUGAAGAGAGCUCAUAGCGGGAUCUCUCUGUCUGAGCUGGAGGCCUCCGUUGCGUCACCUUUCACCUCCACCACCUCAAACAUCUCCUGUGUCCCCCACCUCAUCAGAGAGGGCCGAGCUGCCCUCAUAACCUCAUUCUGCGUCUUCAAGUUCAUGGCUCUCUACAGCAUCAUCCAGUACCUCAGCGUCACUCUGCUCUACUCGAUUCUCAGCAACUUGGGGGACUUCCAGUUCCUCUUCAUUGACAUAGCCAUCAUUCUCAUCAUUGCCUUCACAAUGAGUCUGAACCCGGCAUGGAAGGAGCUGGUGAGGCAACGCCCGCCCUCCAGUCUGAUCUCCGGUCGGCUGCUCUGCUCGGUUCUGACGCAGAUCGUCACCUGCCUGGUCUUCCAGGUCCUAGCCUUCCUCUUGGUACGACAGCAGAGCUGGUAUGAGACAUGGACGCCUCAGUCAGAUGCCUGUAAUGUUUCCAGGUCCAGUCUCCCUCACAGCCAAAAUGUAACGAGCCCCCAUGACCACAAAAACAUCAAAAACUACGAGAACACCACCCUCUUCUACGUCUCCUCCUUCCAGUAUUUGGCUGUAGCCAUCGUUUUCUCCAAAGGAAAGCCCUUCAGGCAGCCCAGCUACAAGAACUGGCCGUUCAUGCUGUCCUGCAUCAGUCUGUACACUUUUGUCCUGCUCAUCAUGCUGUAUCCUGUUCCUGCCAUCGACAGCUUCCUGGAGAUCGUGUGUGUUCCCCAUGACUGGCGCGUUACACUGGUCAUCGUUGUCAUAGUGAAUGCAGCUGUGUCUUUCGUGCUGGAGAUUCUGAUCCUUGACAUCAUCUUGGAGAGGCUAGUUUUCAGAUGCAAUCAGGGGGUAAAUCGCCCCACACAGCCCCCCUCGGCUGGCGCACCUCAGGAGGCCAAUGAUCGCUGGGCCUCUUCCUUCCUCCUCUGGUUGUUCUGUCGGAAGAACAAGCCCCCGAGGGUCAGCUACCGUCAGCUGGCCCUGGGGCUGAAGGACCAUGCCGACUGGCCCCCUAGGUCCUCCACUGUCACCUACGCCGGAGACCUACAGUCCCACAUCUCUGCCCCUCUCUGACCCCCGACGAGCAAACUACCGCACAGACUAAACAUAAAACUUUAGCUUGAGUUCAGAAGUGUGACGGACGCUCAGAGGGUGUGUGUGUGUGAGUGUGUGUGUGUGUGUGUGCGACGUCCAGGAGGCUCCUGAAGGCGGGGCCUCCAAUCGCAGCAAAUGGCCGACACAGUGAGCUGCUCGCUUUGUUGGGAUUGACCUCAUCAGAACAGAGGAGCCCUCUGCACACCAGAGGCUUCUGUUUAGGGAAUAGUCCAACGCUUCGGGCUCUUGCUGUGAUAAGACAGUGUCAUCGUUCGUCUCAUCUUAAUAUUUGGGGAUGUAUUGCUAAUUACUGACUCACUAAAAUUGAAUGUAGUUUCUUUACAGUGGCGUGCAAAAGUCAGAAAUAACAUGUGACAUUGAGAAUGAAAUAAGAGUGUUAAAUAGGCCUGUGAAUUUUUUUUUGCCAGCCGCAUCUGCAGCACAGUGUAUUGUUUUCUUGUGUGUCAUCAUGGUGAAAUGUUAGGAGGGUUCUUAACUGAGUCAAAUCAGCCAGUGGCCGCCUUGAUAAGAGCUGUUGCAAUUCUCAGUCCUUCAAUGCUUCCUUUUAAAAAUAUAGUUUUUAAAACACUGGACCAUCAUUUACCAAAGGAAGAAGAUAAUGCCAGCACACAAUUCCUUUCAGCAGAUAACAUUUAAAGUGAAGCACUAUCUGAUUAGGAUUAGGCCCAUCGUGUACAGGCUCGACAAUUAUUUCCAUUCGGCCACAAACUGGCGGGAUUCAUGUUGAUGAAUUUGAAUUGACGGUUUCAAUACUUUUGCUUAAUUUUUGAGUUAUUUAGAUGGGACAUAUAAUAAAUAAGAAAACCAAACAAUAAUAUGAAAUUACACUAAACAGUAAAUACAGCAAAUUAUUAAUAAAGAAAUUCUCAUUCUUUUCUCUUUUUUUCCCCCCAAAUAUUUUAACUUCCAAGGCAUUUAUUGAUUACAGUAAACAGAUGACAGCUAAUUUGGUAAAAGAUUAAUCACAAGAUAAAUAAAAUUAAGUACAUAACAAAGCAACAAAUUGUAUUAAAAAUAAUAAUUU